ACCUCGUUGAGAAACACAACAGCAAGAAAAUGACACCGGUUCCAAGAUCGACGGACAAUCGUAACACUCACAUGCAUCAUCACCACCACCACCAUCUCAUGAACAGCCAACCGAUUCAGCAUCAACAAGAAUCGGUCACAAGGAGUCGAUUAUCUGAAGACAGAACAAGUUGUGGCCUUACCAAUAUCCACAGCGAUGUUGGCGGAUCAUCUCCCCACGGUACAAAAGAAGGGCGGGUUCCCUUUGAUUCCAACGAUCUCGAGGGGGUAGUUAAAUCCAAUUCGGUUUCUGCAUCCACAGGACCACCAAUAACGAUAGUAACAGCACCGCAAACAACUCUUGCUGCUGCAUCGGAAGAAUCAUUAGUCCGCAAUCCAGUCGCAGGUUCGUCGGUUAUAAACAGUUGUGGAAAAAAGCUUGUCGAUGUCGUUACACCACCACAUACUGCUAGACCACAAAACGACGAAACCAACGUUUGCAACCAGUUUGUAGUUGGCAGCACAUCUCUCAGCGGUGUCAUAUCCACAAUAUCGCCAGAAGAACAGCAACCGCCACCAACAACCAUCCUUGAUUCUUUGAAGAAGUCUUCACCGACCGUGGGUACUACGGCCUUGAAGAAAAUAUCGAUAAUCACCUCUACCGACAACAAGAAUUACAACGGUCUGCUAGGGGCUGAAAGACCGUGCCUUGCAUCACACGAUCGUCCCGCUGCUAUAGUAACGCCAUCAAUGCCAUCAACAACGGAUUUGGGUGCAUCUGCAAGGGAAUUCCAAGCAGCCUUGGUAACAAAUAAUACAAACCUGACGAUUCAUUGCACUGGCGGCGAUCGAUUGCUUUCAUCUACUGCUGAUUCAUCUUUUAGGCCGAAUACUACCAAUACGAAUGUCGGAAGCAAGCGCAAGCUUUCUUCGACAGCUGCACCGCCAGCUUCGGAGGCGAACAGCCUUUCGGUAGAUACCAGGAAAGGGGCAUUUCCGGACAACGUCACGACAAACACUCCAUUAAGUCGUCGGCGGGAUAGCCUGCCCAUGGGAUUGCGAAACAAAAAGAUGAAGGCCACCGACUGCCUCCUCUUUGCGGCGUCUUUGUUGGAGCAAGACGAAAGAGCAGAAGGAUUGAUGGCAGCGAGGAGCGAGGUUAAUAGUUCUACAGCAUCGGCUCUUAGUGUUGCGGCGCAUUGCAGUCCGCCACCUUACACCACCAGUGUUGCCACACCGAUUGCGAAGACGAAACCGAAAACAAAACCCAUGAAAAAGAUGGUUUGCGAAAAAAUCGAAAGAUCCUUGAGGGAAACGACGGAAAAGUUAAAGCAGCAAGAGCAACGAGAGGAAGAGGACGGGGACGCUGAAUACAAACCAAAUGAAGCAGAUGUCUUGUGUGGCCGGGGGGGGAAAGUCAACAAGCAUCCCGGCAAUAUUGUCUAUCGCAAGGUCGUGGAGUACAACAAAUCCUAUUACCAGAGUGUUCACAAGAAACACCGGAUUCUCGUCAGUCAAUCGAUUGUCAAAGCAAUUAUCAACUACGGCGGUCGAUUUAUGGGUCAAAACAACAAGGAAUGGUCGGAAAUAGGCUUCAAGCGAGCCGUUCAGAAGACAUCCCAAGCGUUGAGAGAGCGUUCGAACACAUCAGACGUUUUACAAGGAGGAAUACAGCAGCUAGUUGCGGUUACUACCGAAGUCAUAAAAAAAUAAAAUGAACAAUAACCUACUCC